GCACAGCCCUCCUUCCAAUUGCUGGAGAGAGAGGGGGAGUGAGAAAGAGAGAGAGUUUAAGGCAGGCUCUGCACUGGUGUUCUGGGCUAUUUCAACUUCAGGGCAACUUUAGAGAACUUCAGUUAUUUUUGGUUCUGGACGACAGCUGAGACCAGCUGAGCCCCCCGGAGAUGCUGAUGCCGAUGUGGAUGCAGAGGAUGAAGAUUCUGUUAAUGAAGUGGCAGUAGAAGACAUUCGUCCAAGGCCACAGGGAUCCUCUCCAGUUUAUGAGUAUCCCACAGAAGAAGAACAUUUAAAGCUUCAAGAAGAAAACAAAAAACAUUCUGCAGACAAAUCAAAACAGAGUCAUCCACAGGAGACAAUGGAAGUAACCCUGAAAACAGAAGCGGAAGCUGGUGCUAGUGGUUUUAGUGUGAAAGGUGGAGGAGAUGAAGGAAUAUUUAUUAAAAAAGUACUUAAGGAAUCUCCUGCUUCAAAAAUAUUUAGUCUUAAAGAAGGUGAUCAGCUUCUAAGUGCUACAAUAUUUUUUGAUAACAUCAAAUAUGAAGAUGCACUCAAGAUUCUCCAGUAUUCCGAACCGUACAGAGUCCAGUUCAGCCUCAAAAGAAAAAUUGCUGUGAAAGAAGAGCUGGAACAUUCUACAGCUCAAUACAAGAAGGAAAGAAUAAGCCAGGAGAAAGAACUCAGUGAGAGCAUUCCUGAAGAAACGCUUCAUGUUUCAGGAAAAGCCAUUUCAGAAGAAGACAGGGAAACAUUAAUUGCAAGCCAAAGAGUAGGAAGAAGCAAGAGACCUAAAAAAGACAGAUUAUCAUGGCCAAAAUUCCAGUCAAUCAAAAAUAAAAAGAUAUUGAGGCACAGAAGAUCUCAUAGUACAUCAGAUGCAUAUGAGCCUGCUGUACAGGAUAUUUCUCCUACAAGCACAGACACAGAGUCUCAAUUUCCACAAGAAGUCCAUACCAAAGAAAAAAAAGGAAACCAAAGGAAGCUGAAGUUCCCUAGCAUUGGAUUCAGAAUGCACAGGUCCAAAACAGACCUACAAGAGAAACAAAAAAAAGAAAUAAAAACUACACUGAUCUCUGAAAGAGAAAAAAUACAUGAAGAAGAUAUUAGCCUGGAAAAUCCUGAAAUCCUGACUGUUGAAUAUACCACAUCUCCUGCUUACAAAAUGAAAAUAGGGGAGGUACAGGAAACUUUAACAAAAGACUUAAAAGAAAUGAAAAAUGGUAUCCCAUCUCACGUAAAACAAUGCCCUGAAGUUGAAAUAAGCAUUAAAAAAGACAAGGAAUCAACAUCAAAAUUUAGUUUGCCUGAGGUACCAGACAUAACAACAGAGAUACCAAAGCCCAGUUUAGAAACACCUGAUCUGAAAGCAAGUCCAACUGAAAAAACAUCACAAGCAUCAUCAAAAUCCCGAAAAAAGAAACAGAAAGGAACACCAGUUAAAAAAGAAGGAGAAAGUGAAAUUAACAUAGACGUGAUGAGUCACACAGCUAAAGGAUCUACACAGGUAAAAGGCCUAGAAAUAGGAACUGCAAAAGCAGAAUUAAACACAUCCGACACACUGGAAGCAGGAGAAAUUCAAGCAGAAGAAGACACGAAGAUACUAACAAUUCAGAAAACAAAAUUUGGGAUUUCAGUGCCCAAGAGAAAAGAGACAGAGACUGAAACCACCAAACUGGGAGGUGAUGUUCCACAUUCAGAACCAGAAAAAACAAUGGAUGCGACUUCAGAGGAUGGCAGGAAUUUGGAUGUGAAAACACACAUACCUGAUGCAGAACCAGAAGUAUCUUCUUGGAAAAUACAAAUACCAUCAUUCAAAAUGACCAAAACGCCUAAAACUGACAUGAAAAUAGCAAGACAAGAAAGCACAGGUGAAUCAGAAGAUACUGUAAAAAAGGAAUGGAUAGAAGAAGAUGGCAUGCCCACAAGUGACAAAACCUUAAAGUUAGAAAUUGAAAUGAAGACAGGUGAGAAAGAUAUAGAGGGAAAAGAAAGCAAAUUCCGACUCCCAAAGUUAAAAUUUCCUACAUUUACUUGGUCAAAUACCAAGGAUGAAACAGGGAAAACUGAAGGACAGAUAAGUGAAAUGGAAGGAAAAAUGGCAACAAUAAAAGAAGGAGCAGAAGCAGAGAUAUGUGGAUCAGCAGAAGAAAUUAAGGUACCAAGUGUUGAAGUGAAAACUGAGAUAUCAAAAGGAAAAAUAAAAGAAAAUGACAUCAAAGAAAAGACAAAGGUCCACCUGCCAAGUCCGAAAAAAAUAACAAUAAAACCUUGCAAGGUAGAAAAUGCCUUUCAAAAAACUACUGGAGAAAUAUUGAUGUCAACAACUGAUAUUGAAAUAAAAAAUGGUGAAGAACAAUCAAAAAUUGACAUGAAGGCUCCCAAGGUGGACGUCAGCGUGCCCUCCGUUGACGUCACCCUUCCCAAGGCCAGCGUUGACGUGCAGGCGCCCGAGGCGACCCUCAGCCUGGAAGGGGAAGCAAAAGCCCCAGAGAAGGAGGCCGCCAAGACCAAGGACGGCAAGUUCAAGAUGCCCAAGUUCGGCAUGCCUUCCUUUGGCUGGUCCAGCAGCAGAGAGGCCAAGGGCAGCGUGGCCGCCGAGGUGGACGUCAGCCUCAAGGAGCCCCAAGUGACGGUGCCCUCGGGAGCCGCCGAGGUGGACAUCAGCCUCAAGGAGCCCCAUGUGACGCUGCCCUCGGGAGCCGCCGAAGUGGAGGUGAGCCUGCCCGGCGCCGAGAUCCAAGCGCCCGGCGUGGAGGUGACGCUGGAGGCGGCCGCCACGGGAGAGGGCGAGAAGGGUCGAUUCAAGAUGCCCGACAUCAAGAUGCCCGACGUCAAGAUGCCCAGCGUCAAGCUGCCCAAGGUCAAAGCUCCCCACGCGCAGGUCAGCCUGCCAAAGGCCGAGGUCUCGCUGCCCAAAGGCCAGGAGGGCGAAGUCGCCCUGCAGGGCCCCGAGGCCGACGGCGGCCUGGAGGUGGCAGCCGGCAAAGCUGAGGGCGGCGGCAUGAAAAUACACAUGCCCAAAGUCAAGGUGCCCAGCGUGGUCUUCUCCAAGCCCACCGUCAAGGCUCCCAAAGUGGAGGCAGACGUCAGCCUCCCGCAGGCAGAGCUCAAGGCCGGCGCCGCCGACGUCAGCAUCGCGGCCCCCGACAUCAAGUUGCCCUCCGUCGAAGGCUCCCUCGAGCUCCAGGCGCCCGAGAUAGACCUCAAAGCACCCUCCGCUGAAGUCUCGCUCGACGGGGCCAAACUGGAAGCCUCGGGCCUGAAAGGAAAGCUUAAGAUGCCCAAGUUCGACAAGCCCAAAUUUGGAGUGUCCUCCCCCAAAGCGGAAGGGCCCGAGGUCAGCCUGCCCAGCGCAGAGGUCGAGCUCCCCUCCGCCACCGUGACGGCCGCAGGGGAGGGCCCCGGCCUGAGCCUCAAAGCCGACGUCCCCGGCGCCAAAGCCGAAGGGGCCGGCUGGAAGCUGGAGAAACCCUCCCUGAAAAUGCCCAAAGCUGACAUCAAGGCUCCCAAGGUGGACAUCAGCGUGCCCUCCGUCGACGUCACCCUUCCCAAGGCCAGCGUUGACGUGCAGGCGCCCGAGGCGACCCUCAGCCUGGAAGGGGAAGCAAAAGCCCCAGAGAAGGAGGCCGCCAAGACCAAGGACGGCAAGUUCAAGAUGCCCAAGUUCGGCAUGCCUUCCUUUGGCUGGUCCAGCAGCAGAGAGGCCAAGGGCAGCGUGGCCGCCGAGGUGGACGUCAGCCUCAAGGAGCCCCAAGUGACGGUGCCCUCGGGAGCCGCCGAGGUGGACAUCAGCCUCAAGGAGCCCCAUGUGACGCUGCCCUCGGGAGCCGCCGAAGUGGAGGUGAGCCUGCCCGGCGCCGAGAUCCAAGCGCCCGGCGUGGAGGUGACGCUGGAGGCGGCCGCCACGGGAGAGGGCGAGAAGGGUCGAUUCAAGAUGCCCGACAUCAAGAUGCCCGACGUCAAGAUGCCCAGCGUCAAGCUGCCCAAGGUCAAAGCUCCCCACGUGCAGGUCAGCCUGCCAAAGGCCGAGGUCUCGCUGCCCAAAGGCCAGGAGGGCGAAGUCGCCCUGCAGGGCCCCGAGGCCGACGGCGGCCUGGAGGUGGCAGCCGGCAAAGCUGAGGGCGGCGGCAUGAAAAUACACAUGCCCAAAGUCAAGGUGCCCAGCGUGGUCUUCUCCAAGCCCACCGUCAAGGCUCCCAAAGUGGAGGCAGACGUCAGCCUCCCGCAGGCAGAGCUCAAGGCCGGCGCCGCCGACGUCAGCAUCGCGGCCCCCGACAUCAAGUUGCCCUCCGUCGAAGGCUCCCUCGAGCUCCAGGCGCCCGAGAUAGACCUCAAAGCACCCUCCGCUGAAGUCUCGCUCGACGGGGCCAAACUGGAAGCCUCGGGCCUGAAAGGAAAGCUUAAGAUGCCCAAGUUCGACAAGCCCAAAUUUGGAGUGUCCUCCCCCAAAGCGGAAGGGCCCGAGGUCAGCCUGCCCAGCGCAGAGGUCGAGCUCCCCUCCGCCACCGUGACGGCCGCAGGGGAGGGCCCCGGCCUGAGCCUCAAAGCCGACGUCCCCGGCGCCAAAGCCGAAGGGGCCGGCUGGAAGCUGGAGAAGCCCUCCCUGAAAAUGCCCAAAGCUGACAUCAAGGCUCCCAAGGUGGACAUCAGCGUGCCCUCCGUCGACGUCACCCUUCCCAAGGCCAGCGUUGACGUGCAGGCGCCCGAGGCGACCCUCAGCCUGGAAGGGGAAGCAAAAGCCCCAGAGAAGGAGGCCGCCAAGACCAAGGACGGCAAGUUCAAGAUGCCCAAGUUCGGCAUGCCUUCCUUUGGCUGGUCCAGCAGCAGAGAGGCCAAGGGCAGCGUGGCCGCCGAGGUGGACGUCAGCCUCAAGGAGCCCCAAGUGACGGUGCCCUCGGGAGCCGCCGAGGUGGACAUCAGCCUCAAGGAGCCCCAUGUGACGCUGCCCUCGGGAGCCGCCGAAGUGGAGGUGAGCCUGCCCGGCGCCGAGAUCCAAGCGCCCGGCGUGGAGGUGACGCUGGAGGCGGCCGCCACGGGAGAGGGCGAGAAGGGUCGAUUCAAGAUGCCCGACAUCAAGAUGCCCGACGUCAAGAUGCCCAGCGUCAAGCUGCCCAAGGUCAAAGCUCCCCACGCGCAGGUCAGCCUGCCAAAGGCCGAGGUCUCGCUGCCCAAAGGCCAGGAGGGCGAAGUCGCCCUGCAGGGCCCCGAGGCCGACGGCGGCCUGGAGGUGGCAGCCGGCAAAGCUGAGGGCGGCGGCAUGAAAAUACACCUGCCCAAAGUCAAGGUGCCCCGCAUGGUCUUCUCCAAGCCACCGUUCAAGGCUCCAGUGGAGGCAGACGUCAGCCUCCCGCCGGCAGAGCUCAAGGCCGGCGCCGCCGACGUCAGCAUCGCGGCCCCCGACAUCCAGUUGCCCUCCGUCGAAGGCUCCCUCGAGCUCCAGGCGCCCGACCGAAGAAGGAUAGACAUAACACCCUCCGCUGAAGUCUCGCUCGACGGGGCCAAACUGGAAGCCUCGGGCCUGAAAGGAAAGCUUAAGAUGCCCAAGUUCGACAAGCCCAAAUUUGGAGUGUCCUCCCCCAAAGCGGAAGGGCCCGAGGUCAGCCUGCCCAGCGCAGAGGUCGAGCUCCCCUCCGCCACCGUGACGGCCGCAGGGGAGGGCCCCGGCCUGAGCCUCAAAGCCGACGUCCCCGGCGCCAAAGCCGAAGGGGCCGGCUGGAAGCUGGAGAAGCCCUCCCUGAAAAUGCCCAAAGCUGACAUCAAGGCUCCCAAGGUGGACAUCAGCGUGCCCUCCGUCGACGUCACCCUUCCCAAGGCAAGCGUUGACGUGCAGGCGCCCGAGGCGACCCUCAGCCUGGAAGGGGAAGCAAAAGCCCCAGAGAAGGAGGCCGCCAAGACCAAGGACGGCAAGUUCAAGAUGCCCAAGUUCGGCAUGCCUUCCUUUGGCUGGUCCAGCAGCAGAGAGGCCAAGGGCAGCGUGGCCGCCGAGGUGGACGUCAGCCUCAAGGAGCCCCAAGUGACGGUGCCCUCGGGAGCCGCCGAGGUGGACAUCAGCCUCAAGGAACCCCAAGUUACAAUGCCCUCAAGAGCCGCUGAGGUGGAUGUUACCCUGCCUGGGGCCGAGAUCCAGGUGCCUACUUCUGAAGUUCCUGUAGAUUCCUUGUCUUUUAUAGAGGACGAGAUGGGUAAAUCUCGAAGUUCUCUAUUUAGAAUGCCUAAAGUUUCUCUUUCUAAAAUUUCCAAAUCUCAUGGAGAAAGUAAAUCCAGAGCUGAUGUUUCAAUGUCAGAAUCUCUUAGUUGUUCUGUAACAGAGGAUACUCCUGCUGUUCUUUCGGGUAGUGUCACAUCGAAGCCUUUGCCUGACUUAAAGGGAGAUCAUGUAUCUAAAAGUACUAAGUUCAGAAUUCCUAGCUUGGGUUUCUCCAAGGUUGGUUUGAGUUCAUCUGGAAUUGACCCUGAGUCCUCAUUUCAAAAAAAGGAUAUUACGCUUACUAAAUACCAAAUUAAUCUAACAGAAUCUGAAUCAAAAAUACCAUCUCUUGCAGACGAAAAUCUUUCAGAUUUUGAAAUUUUAAAUGAAGAUGGUUCUGUGGAGCAAGAAGGUCUUAAGUCAGAAGUUAAAACAAGGGAUGGUGAAAUAUCUUUGGGUGACACAGAUGUUACAGUUAAAAUUCCUAAGUUCCGAAAACCAAAAUUUGGAAUUCGAUCUAAGGGUAAAGCAUCAGAAAGUGACAUUGGUUUCAAAGUGGAAUCUGAAAUUUCCAGGGAAAGGAUAACAUCUGAUAUGACUGAUCCUGAUACUGGAAAACCAACUGAGAUCUCUGAUGUCAAGUUAGGUGUAAAGUUGCACAAGCCUUCACUUGAAGUUGUUCUGGAUGCACCAAUACUGGAUCCCGAUCUCUCACCAAUGGAAGUUACCUUGCCAAAAUCAGAAGGAGAAAUCCAUAGCACAGAUUUAGACUGCAAGGCAGACCAGGAAAUAAUUUCAGGAGAGAAGGAUGCUGAGGAGAAAGAAAACAAAUCUAAAUCAUCAAAGUUCAAACUGCCUUCAUUUCGUUGGUCUCCAAAGAAAGAAGCUAUUGUUCCAUCUCAGGUUGAGAAACAUCUGGAAGAACCGCCUUUGUCUAUUUUAUCUGGAGACACAGACUCUGAAUUAACUUUUCGUACUUCUGAGAAUCAAUACGUUCAUGUAGAACUUGACACAUCUAUAGAAAAAGAUGGUGAAAAGAUCAGAAACAAGAAGUCCCAAUUUACCAUGCCAAAGAUCUCAUUCCCUAAAAUUAAGGGUCAGAAAGUCCAAGUCUCUCUGCCUGUACUAGAAACUGAUAUUUGUGGUCCCAAACAAGAAAAAGAAGGUGUUUCAGUACAGAAAUCUGAAAAAGAGAUUAGUGGGGAAGGGGCUGGAAUGAGCAUAAAAAUGCCAAAAGUUACGGUCCCAACUUUGGAAUUUUCUAAACCAGAAGUCAAAGCUCCCGAAAUAGACGUGGAUAUUAGCAGGCCUACAGGUGAAGUCAUACUUAGUAUGCGUGAAGAAGAUGAUCUAAAAUUGAAAUCAGCUGCUGCUAACGCCAGCCUCUCCACCUCAGAUAUUAGGACGACAACUGAAGGUUCACUUAAGAUGAAGAGUCCUGACGCAAGUAUUGAAAGAACAUCAAGUGAAAUUGCUGUGAGUGAUGUAGAAAUAAAAGCUGAAGGUCCUGAAGGGAAAACAAAAAUGUCUAAAUUCCAGAUGCCGAAGUUAGGAAUUACACUUUCUAAAGGGAAAGGGCCAGAAAAGGAGGUCAGCCAAUCCAAAUCAGAAGUCAAGGUUCCCCAGCUAAAAGCAACAGUAGAAAUAUCUGACAUUGUUGUCGAAGGACCAAACUUGGAGGUGGAAUGUGGCACAGGAACAGAGACUUACAGCCCUCAACUCAAAAUGACCAAAACUGACAGUAAGGCAUCAGAGGCUGAUGUUCACCUCCCUUCAGCUGACAUUUCUAUUCCAAAACCAGACAGUGAUAUUCAAGAUUCAGAUGCAGCACUAAAAAUCAAAGGGGAAAUAAAGCCAGAUGGAGAUGGAGAAGAGAAAGAAGGACAUUUCAAAAUGCCAAAAUUCAAACUUCCAUCCUUCAGUUGGUCACCAAAGAAGGAAACAAGUGUUAAACCUGAUUCUGGAGCAAAUCUGGAAGACCAAAAGCUUGGUGUAAUGUCAAGCAGAAUAGAUACAGAAGUGAGAGGAACUGGAAUGGAUGAUGAAGGUAGUGGGACAGCCCUUGAUCUGGAAAUAUCUACAGGAAAAGUUGAACAAAAAAGUCCAAUUAAAAAGCCUCAAUUUGUCAUGCCUAAAAUUUCACUGUCCAAGAUCAAGGUUCCAAAAUCUCAGUCUCAUUUGUCAAAAGUUGAACUUGAUGCUACUCUUCUUAAAACGGAAAGAGAGGGUGAUGAUUCAAUUCAGAUACCUGAUAUAGAAAGAAGUCAUUCUGAAAGGACUGAAGAAGGGGCACAAAUAAGCAUAAAAGUGGCUGAUCUUAAGUUCCACACUUUGGAGUUUUCUAAAAUAGAAACUGAAGCCUCUCAAAAUGAAAUGGGAAUCAGCUCAGCAAAGAUUGAUGCUGCUCUGACUCCCUCAGAGGGGAGUUUUCAACAGGUUGACCUAAAGUCAAGUUCUACCGAUGAAUGUAACAUUCAAAAAACAAGUAUUAAGUUCCCCAAACGAGAAGCUUCAGUUGAACUGAAGAGCCCUGAUAUAGUAAUAGAAAGAUCAUCAGUUGUGGAUGGAAGAAAAGUGAAAUUAGAAGGUCCUGAAGGGAAGAUUAAAAUGCCCAAAUUCCAGAAACCAAAGUUUGGAAUCUCCCUAACAAAAGGGAAAUGCCCAGAGGCAGAGAUCAGCUCUCCAAAAAUAGAAGCUGAGCAACCCCAGCUAAAAAUUGCUGACAUUGCUGUGGGAGUUCCAGCAUCAGAACUUAUAUCUGAUAUAUCAGAUCCUGGAGUAGUUGUUUGUAAAGUAAAAACACCCCAAGAUCUGACUGGUGGCAUUGAAGCUCCAAAAGUAGACAUAAGCCUCCACUCAGUGUCUAAACCAAGGACAGAGGGAGCUAUUGAGAGUCUUGAGGACAAAGAAAUCAAAUUAAAAGAAGAACAUGAAAUAAAAGCUGAAGAAGUUCGGACUGAAGAACAUCAGGGAUGGUUUAAAAUGCCAAAAUUCAGAAUACCUGCAUUUGGCAGGACAUCCUUAAAGGAAAAAAAAUGUGAUGCUGAUAUUGAAAGUAUGGAAAAAGCUCAGGCGAGCAUUCCCUCUGCAAAAGUACAAACUGAAACAAGUAUUCCUGAAAAUACCUUCUCAUUACCUCAUGCAGUUGCUGAAAUUACUAUUGGAAAAGAAGGGAUUAAAAAAAUUGAAGAUUCUGUGAGGACUUCUGAUGUUAGCUUGUCGAAGAUGGAAGGAGAUAUUUCGUUGUCCACAGAAAGAACAGAUAGUAGAGUGAAUAUUCCAAAAACUGAAACUUAUGCAGACAUAGUUAAGCGUGGUGCUGAAGGACAAAAAAUGCAUACUUCAGAAUUCACAGUGUCUGCAGCAGAAUUGCCUAAAUCAUACCUAAGUGCUUCAGAAACUGACAAAGACAACAGUUUAACAAAUAGGUUUUCUACAGGUACUCUGACUUUUCAAGAGCAUAAAGUCAAACCACAGGAUAUGGAAGUUCCAAAGGUAGAAAGUUCCACUAAGUUAGAGACUUCAGGAGUAGGAUGCAAACCGUCAUCAGCUGAAAUUACUCUGGAUGCAACACAGGAGAAAACAGAUGUUAGACUUCCAAAGGAAGAGCUUGAUAUUCAAAAUAAAGAGGCAGCAAUUAAAAAAGGAAAGAUAAAGGGUGAGGUGAAAAUUAUAGGAAAAGACAGUGAAGAAAGUCAGUUAAAAAGGACUAUGUGUGAAUGGUCUACAACAAAGGGAUCAGAAGAUGGUACUUAUGUUACUGCUAAGCUGGAAGAUCUAAAAGUAGAAGUUCCAGGAGUGAAGACGAAUGUUAAAAUUACUAGAGUAGAUCCUGAAAUGAAAUUUCAAGUGAAAAGUGUUGAAAAGGAUGUGUCUGCAGGAAUGGAAGUGCAAGUAGAAGAUAGAGCAGAAAUAAGUAAAACUAAAGCAUACAAGUUUAAGAUUCCGAAAUUUGGAAUGUUUCAUUCGGAAAUCAAGGGUUUUGAAGGUGAUAUCAAUGUUACAAAGUCAGAAGCUGAUUCAAUAUCUAAAAGUGAAAUAGGCACAGCAGAAAUGCAGUUACAGAAACCAGAAGGAUCUGUUGGCCUGAAAAAUCCAGCUCUGGAUUAUAUGGAAGCAUCUGCCAGAAUAACAGGGGAAACAGUGGACCAAUCAGAAAGUGGCCCAGAAGUAAUUGUAAGAAUUCCCAGACUAAAAAUACCAAGAUUCACUUUUAAAACUCUCCCAAUUGAAGCUGAUGUUUUAGUGUCAAAAGUGGCAACAGAUCCAAAGGGAUCUAGUACUGAUAUUGAAAUAGUGCAACUGGAAGCAAGCUCUGCUAUCUCUGAUGAAACACCAGGGGCUUUAGAGGGGAGUAUUCAAAAAGCAAAAAGCAAAAUUGUGAUGCUGACUGAACCUGACAUUAAAACAGCACAAAUGACAACUACCAUAGAGUCCUCCCUUUCAAAUACAGGGCAGGAUAUUCAUUGGUCUUACAUAGAAGGCCAAGAAGUGAGUGAGAAAGUAGAACCUGAACACGUUGCUAUUGAAAGGUGUGAGAUUUACACUACUGAAAUACUGAAAGAAUCAGAGAUUCUGUCAUCAAAAGUCAAAACUGCUACAUUGGGAUUCUCAUUGCUCAAGGCAAAGUUGCCUGAAUCACACAGUGACUUAGAAGUGCUAGUCCAGCAGCCAUCUCCGACGGAAGGUGGAUCAGUGAAAAAAUCUACAUGUGCUGGGGAAAGCUUUGGAGAAGCAGCACAGAGAACUGGCAGUGCUGAGCUUAAACUAUCUGACAAACCACAUCACGAGUCUGAAAAAUUUAGUGGAGAAAUAAGUUUGCCAAAGUUAAAAACAUAUGCUGCUGAAGCAAAGCCUUCCAGUAAACUUGAAGAGGGUCUUCCUGAUAAAUCACCAGAGCGAAUAACUUCAGGUCCUCUCUCUAAAGAUGAGGAUGUAGCUGAAGCCAUGGAAGGUGAAGAAAAAGACAAAAGCAAUGAGAAAGAAAAGACUGAUAGCAAAAGAUCUCCUGGAAGAUUCAAGUUUUGGCUUCCAGGGAUUGGCUUUUCAUCUUCUGGUGAUGAAGCAAGCACAGAUGUAAAAACAGAAGUAAAAAAAUCAGAUCCAGAAGAUAUGAAAUCUGCUGACACAUCAGAUGAUUUCUCUAAGCAAACUGAAAAAACUGGAUGGUUUAGAUUUCCCAAGCUUGGUUUCACAUCUCCUUCCAAAAAGGCUAAGUCUGUUGAAAAAGAAGAGAUGGGACAUAAAGAGGGAAGAAUCUCAGAUGAAGAUAGCCCAUCAGAUAAACCUGAUGUAUUUUUUGAUGCACAAGAAAGCUUAUCACCUAAAGAAACAACAAGGGAUGAAAAAGUUGAAAUUGAUGGAGCCUCAUCUAUUGUGACAUCUUUGGCAAGAACUGAACUAAUCUUGUUGGAGGAAGAAAAAGAUAGUAAAUCUAAUAUUGAUAGAGAUAUAACCAAAUGAAGGUUGUAUUUUCUCAGUACUCAAUGAAAACAAAAUCAUCUACAUGCACAGAAAAAAAUGUUUUUUUUUUUAAUUUUCUGGUAACUGAAAAUUAAAACCCAAAGCUGAUGUUAAUAAAAAGAGUUUAACAGAAUUUACCACAUGUAAAUUUUCAAGUACAUGGAUGUACUAUAUUGUGUACUAAUAAAAAUAAUGAUUUCUUCAAAUCUGCCCCAAAGGCAAGAAUUAUGACAAGUACAGAGGAGCCCAUAGUUUGAUCAAAGUCUGAAAAAAUAUACCUGAAUCAUGAAAGUAAACCAUUGAAAGGCUCAGUUAUAGCAAAAGGCUUUUUAAAUAGGCUUCUCAAAACACACAAUGUAAUUACGUUUGGAUAACAGUUUAUUUCCGGAAUGGGUUAUAAACUAGUACUAUAAGAACUAUAUUUACCUCUUUAGAUUUUGGACCUUUCUGACCUACUUUUGCUUUCUUAUUAAAAUGUUUUUCUUUAUUUCAGCUAAAGUAGUAUGUAUAUUCCACGAACAUUUUAAAAUAUAAAAUAAAAAUUAAAUAUUAGUGUAGAGAGACUAACGCUUUACCUCUUCCUCUCUUCUGAUUUUUUUAUUAUUGUGGUGGGUCAUAUUUAGCCUUAAAAGAUUUUAAAAAUACCAAAACAAAACCCAACAGAAUAAUAUCAAGACCAAAAACUUGUAACUAAUUCAGAUUUUUAAGAUACCAGAAUAAAACAUGCUUACAAAGAAUAAUUAUAUGAAUGUGGAUAAAUAAAUUUUAAUGUAUAUAUUUAUGGGAUAGUUAAAUGCUUAGAAUGAUCUGCCACACUGGUGGAAUUGCUUCAAAGAUUUUCUGGGAAAGGAGGUGUAUAUAAUUAUUUGCUUCUUUGUUUAUAUCAAUGCUUCUCUCGAGGGCACAAUGGAAACCAGAGUGCAUAUGUGACAGCCUUCACAUGUACCAUUAAAACACUGUCUGUAUUAUUAAGUCACAAUAAACUCACCAUAUGGAUAAUAA